GCCUCUGUCUCUCCUUUUAGGAGGAAGCGAGGGAGCCUGGAAUUGGGAGGUUCCUGGAGGGGGCAGAAGCUCGGCACGCCUAUUUAGAUGACUAGAAUUUAUUCUAGGACUUUCGAAACAGUGCGUCGCUACUCUUUGUGAGUCACCGGAGGACAAAAACAUGGAGACCCAAGACCUCACGGGCUUUAGACUCGGCGAGUCUCCAGGAGGAAUGAGAGAAGCCCCGCACGUAUUCCAAGCUGGGAGUAUUGGAGAAUUCCUUAAAAAGAGACCAGGAAAGGAAGUCAAACAAGAACCAGAUGAUUGGGAAAGCCAAUGGCAGGAAUUCCUGAAGACGAUGGAGUCGGCUCAUUCAGGCUGGGGGGUCCCGCUUUUGUCUGAGGAUCAUGUAAUCUGGGAAGACGCCAAGGCCUUCCUGGCUUCCUUCGAGCAAGUGGCCGAGGCCUGCCGGUGGCCCAAGGAAGAGUGGGCGGCCCGACUCCAGCCGGCCCUCAGCGGAGAAGCCGAACAGGCCUUUCGCAGGCUGCAGGCCCGAGACAGAGAGGACUAUGGGAUGGUGAAGGCGGCCAUCUUGCGAGGAGACGCCCUCAGCAGGGAGAAGGUCCGCCAGCACUUCCGCCGCUUCUGCUACCAGGAGGCCGAGGGGCCGCGGUUCGCUUACAUCCGACUGCAGGAGCUUUGCUGCCGUUGGCUGAAAUUCGAACGGCACUCCAAGGAGCAGAUCCUGGAGCAGCUGAUCCUGGAGCAGUUGUUGACCAUCCUGCCCUCCCACCUCCAGAGCUGGGUCCGGGAACGUGGGCCAGAGACCUGCUCCCAGGCGGUGGCCCUGGCCGAGGACUUCCUUUUGAGACAGGAAGUGGACCAGAGACAAGAAGACCAGGUGUCAUUGGAGGAGGAGGAGGAGGAGGAGGAGGAUGUGAGUUGCUCUGUAGCAGGCCAAGCUUCGUCCGAUGCUGAACAGAGUCAGCUCUGCACAGAGAUGAAACAGGAAGAUGACGAAAUGGAGGCCAACCUGUUGGGAGAUCAAGAGUGGAUGACCCCGGAUGCUGAGGAGAAAUACGUGCCAAAAGAUUCAGAACUGAGACUGCCGUGGAAAAUGGAAGAGAAUCCUUCCCAGUGUUGUGACAAGGAAGGGACCCCAGCAUGUCGGAAAAGGGGCGAGCGUCGGCAGGAAACCCAACCAAUGGAGGAAGUAAAUGAAUCCAUUCCUUGUGGAAGAGAUGCCAUAGCAACUACUACACAGGAGAACGAAAGUGAGUGGGAUCCAUGCAAGAUAUCGUCAGAAAGAGUUGGCCGUGAGGAGUUGAAAGGGAACAUUUGUAAUCAAGGUGGAUCAGAAACACAAGAGGGAAAGAGGAAGGAUAAUCCCCUUCUGGGUCCGAGUGGGGAAUUCAGUGGGAAUCCAAUCCAGCAAAAAAAGCUAACAGAAAAGAGAAGAAAUCAGUGCCUUAACACUCCUUGGAGAUGCCAUGCUGGAGAACCCACUGGGAAAAGUUUCAGUCGGAGCAAAAACCUUCCUGAACGUCAAACUCUCCACAAAGGGGAGAAACCGUACAAAUGCUUGGAGUGUGGAAAGACCUUCAAGCAGAAGAGGAGCCUGGCUACACAUCAAAGAAUGCACACAGGGGAGAAGCCGUAUCAAUGCUCGGAGUGCGGAAAGAGCUUCAACCACGCCUCAAGCCUCACGUCACACAGAAGGAUCCACACAGGGGAAAGGCCCUAUAAGUGCUUGGAUUGUGGGAAAAGCUUCUGUCAAAUCGCCAGCCUUACUUCUCAUCAAAGAACCCACACCAAGGAGAGGCCAUUCAGCUGCUCAGAAUGCGAUAAGAGCUUUUGUAGUCGUUCGGAUCUGGUUAAACACAAGAGAAUCCACACGGGGGAGAAACCCUAUAAAUGCUUGGUAUGCGGAAAGACUUUCAGCCAGAGGACACACCUUAUUAAACAUCAUAUAAUCCAUACCGGGGAGAAACCAUACAGCUGCUCAGACUGCGGCAAAAGGUUCACUGACAAAUCAAGGCUGACUCGGCAUCAAAGGAUCCACACAGGGGAGAAACCCUACAAGUGCUUAGAGUGUGAGAAGAGCUUCAAUCGGAACACAAACCUCGCUUCACAUAAAUUAAUUCACACAAGAGACAAGCCGCGUUACGGCUGCUCAGACUGUGGCAAAAGCUUCUCUCACAAGUCAAGGCUUCUUGAGCAUCAAAGAAUCACACAUGGGAAGAAGCCCUAUAAAUGCUUGGUGUGCGAAAAGAACUUCGGUCAAAGAAAAGAUCUCACUUCACAUCAAAGCAUCCACGUAGAUCGUAGCAGUGUCCAGACUGAAGUUUAUCUAUAAUUUACUCCAUAUUUCCUUUUUUUUCCCCCAUUUAGAAACAUU